AGUCGGAUCAAUAGAUAGUAUUAACUUUUUUUCCCUUAUUCAAACGAUUCAUUGUUUCUGUCCCCCUCGCUGUCUGCGGGCGCAUAUAAAUGCUGCCGGUAACGCUGCUCCGCCUGCCAGAUGUUAGGUGUCUCUAAGACGCGAGAUCACAUAUUAAUGUCCUGAUACUUGCGUAGGAGUCCACUUGGAAAGACUUGGGGAAUUCUGAUCUGUUAUUAUUUCUGAGAGAGAGCGAGAAAAAAACGAGUAUCAAAGAGAGGCGCGGUGUGCUUAGCGCACAGUUCUGAGACAUCAGUAAAUAUGAAAGGAACAGCUGUCUGCGGGGCUGCAUUUGCCUUCUGCAUGGUGGCAGCGAUUCUGGGAAGCCCACAUCCUGAAUGUGACUACCUUACACAAUUUGAGAGGGAAAAAAGGAAAUGUGAGAAGCAAAGCUUGGAAUACGGCAAUCUAACAAAACAAGGUUGCAAUCAGACCUGGGAUACAAUUGUGUGCUGGCCAGAAGCUAAUACUGGAGAAACUGUCAGCAUUUCCUGCCCUUCUUAUCUUUCCCAUCUCCUGAAAAGUCAAGGAAUAAUCUACAGGAACUGUACUGUUAAUGGCUGGUCCAAUCCAUACCCACCAUACUAUGUGGCCUGUGUUGCAAAAAAUGAUAUCGCGGAUGAGGAAGGUUCUUACUUUGCCACGAUGAAGACAAUCUACUCUAUAGGAUAUGGCACGUCAAUUGUUUCACUCACAAUUGCUGUUGCCAUUUUGCUUACCUUUCGGAGACUUCAUUGUGCCCGCAAUUAUAUACAUGUCCAGCUUUUCAUAACCUUCAUCCUGAAGUCUGUGUCGGUAUUUAUUAAGGAUGCUAUCCUAUUUGCCAGUGAAGACACAGAUCAUUGUUCUUUUUCUACAGUGGCUUGCAAAGUAUCCAUGGUAUUCUGCAAUUAUUGUGUAAUGACAAAUUUCUUCUGGCUGCUUGUAGAAGCCCUAUAUUUAAAUUCACUUCUUCUGUCAUCAUUUCAUCAAGAUAGAAAAUUCUUCUGGUGGUUUGUGCUAUUGGGAUGGGGCUUUCCCAAAUUUUUUAUUGUGGUUUGGAUCAUAUCAAGACUUUAUUUUGAAGACACUGACUGCUGGGAUAUUAAUGAGACUUCUGAAUACUGGUGGAUAAUAAAGGGUCCAAUUGUUACAUCUAUUGCAGUAAAUUUUAUACUCUUUUUAAACAUCAUUAGAAUUCUAAUACAGAAGCUAGAUCCUCGACUUAUUCAGUUCAACAAUUCAUUCCAGUACAGGCGUCUGGCAAAGUCAACACUGCUUCUGAUUCCCUUGUUUGGAACACACUACAUGGUCUUUAAUUUCCUACCACAGCAUGUGAGUGAAAGUGCAAGGUUGUUCAUGGAACUUUGUCUGGGAUCCUUUCAGGGUUUCUUAGUUGCUGUUCUGUACUGCUUUCUCAAUCAAGAAGUCCAAUCAGAAAUUCAACGUAAAUGGAUUGGAUGGCAAGUCAACAGUUAUGGAAUUGUACCAGUGGUGGCCAAAGACAGCCAAGCUGACACACCUUUUUGACCCUAAAAAGCUGUUAUGUUUUCAUUAAUACCUUUGUAUCAUUCUUCAUUUUAUUCCAUUGUUUGUUUCACUGUUCUCACAGACUUUUUUGUUUGAUCUAAUAAAAAGUGGGUGGAAUCAGUGUGACAAAUUAAUGGUGAUUUAUUAUUUUUUCUGAAAAGAAUGCUUCUUGAAUAUUCCUGCUAAGCCUAAUGCUAAAGGAAGCCACGUAGACUAAAAAUGUUAGGAACUUUUUGAUUGGGAAAUAAAGUACUAACUUUAAGGGCAAUCUAAGGAUAAUGCCAAUAAAGAGGUACAUUUCUGCAUCAAAAAAAUAAGAGAACCAGGUGACAAGUAACAAACCAAGAGACAAAAAUCAUGUCAAUGUCAAAAAGCAAAAAAAAAAAAAACCUUGUCUUAAACCUUGUCUACCAUCUUUUCUUUAUCUACAGUAUGUAAAGUCACAAUUAUCUUUUCAUUGACAAACCUCAUGCAUGCCGUCAUCUUGAAGAGUGUCAAUGUGAUGAUUUCAUGUGAACGGCAGCAGCAAAAAUCAAUGGGACGCCCAUGCCUAGACACUGAAAAUUGGUGUUGGCUAGAAAACCAAAAUGAUUUUAAUUAUAUUUCAAAAGUUUAUUAGAUUAAUUAAUGCUAACUAAAAUAUAGUUCUAAACCUGGUCACAAGAGCUUAUAGAAAACCCUGUAUUACUAUGAAUAUUUAAUUUCAUAGCAAUAGGAACAGUUGACUAGGGGCAUAUAGUACAUACAAUUGUCACUGCAAUUAUUUUGAAAACAGAAUGGCCACAAAGAAGGCUAACAUACUGUGGAAAAUUAACUGUGUCUACUUAAUGUGCAUUAUUAUUGUGACUUUGUAUGAUAUGAAACAUAAAAAGCACUAACCUGGAAAUAUUCAUCUGCAAUUGUGAGGUUGACCUCAAUAAGACUUUUUUCACCUGCCUUGCUGUAUACGACAGGACAGAACUAUUUAAUUAUAGUAACAAUUAAAUUAUCUGUAUGCCUAUUAUUAUUAUGGCAUUCUAGUCUUCAGAAAACGUAAUAUUUUGUAGCUUUUAUUGUCUUGUGUAACAUUUACAUCUUAUUUAUUUAUUUAAAUACUUAGGUUUAUUGAUAAUAAAAUAGCUUUAAUUUAUACUGAAUUUCUUAAGGAUGUUUUUCAUAACUUUGAGGGUAUUCUGUAUGCAUAGAAGUUUACAAAUAUUAACUCUCGUUCUUAUAAAAAUUAUUUUCCAUAUGCCAUUUUCAUACUCCAUGAAAUGAAUAAAGUGUGAUUAAUUAAUUAAUUAAUUAAUGAUGCACUAUUGAUCAUAAAGGGGGCACUAUGCAUGCUUUCCUUAAAAUUUUGAAAGGCAGUAAUUAUGGACCCAAGAUUAUUUAUACUAUACACAGAUUAUGAAAUACACUUUGCACAAGUGGUAGGAAAAGAUUGUUGUGGUUAAUUUAUUAAUUGAAACUGGAGAGUAAACUCAUUCAGUAUCUUAUGCAAACAAGAAAAAUCUACGAUGGUACCUUCCAAUCUCAUUGUAAAUGCAUCCAAGCUUCUUAUCAUGUAUACUAAGACUGCUUUGUGUAGGCACAUUAGGUAGAUGUGCAGAAGAGCACCAGGUAAUGGACCAGUUAAGUGUGCACCUCUUGUUACACAAGCCAUAUUUUUGACUGAAUUAGCUUCUUAGUACAUCAGUGCACCACACUGCCUUUUAUGAUAAUGUGAAAUUGCAGACCACAUUCAAACUCGUAAGUGGAAUAAGGUGUUUCCAUGCAUCCUGUUUUGGGGUUAGUCGAGACAUAUGCAAUUUAUCUUAUCUUAUUCUAGUUUUGCAUUAAGGGCUUAACCAGAAUUUGUUUUUUAAAAUAAGGGUUUCAUCUGAGUUAUAUUUUUACCAUUCAAUUUAAGAACUGUAUAUAAGAUUGAAAUAGUUAUGUGCAUGUAAUCUUACUCCUUGUAUUACAAUGAUUUACUAUUAAAUACAAUAUUUGCUUACUUUAUGUUUUGCUUAACACAUCAUUAAAUGGUUGAAAUAAUUGUGACUGGUGUUUUUUUUUAAUAUGCAACUUUUGAAUCAUGCAUGACUGAUAGAUAGAUAGAUAGAUAGAUAGUGUG